GGCAUCUUCAGGUCCCUGGACCUAGACAUCCAGCUCUACUAAGCCUGGCCAUGGCACUGUGUCUGAAGCAGGUGUUUGCUAAGGACAAGACUUUCCGGCCCCGGAAGCGCUUUGAGCCUGGUACACAGCGCUUUGAGCUAUAUAAGAAAGCACAAGCCUCACUCAAAUCUGGCCUGGACCUUCGAAGUGUAGUGAGGCUGCCACCUGGUGAGAGCAUCGAUGACUGGAUCGCUGUGCAUGUGGUGGACUUCUUCAACCGCAUCAACCUCAUCUAUGGCACCAUGGCUGAGCACUGCAGUGAGGCCAGCUGCCCAGUCAUGGCUGGCGGGCCACGCUAUGAGUACCGCUGGCAGGAUGAGCGCCAGUACCGAAGGCCUGCCAAGCUCUCGGCACCCCGCUAUAUGGCACUGCUCAUGGACUGGAUCGAGGGUCUCAUCAAUGAUGAGGAUGUCUUUCCUACACGUGUUGGAGUUCCCUUCCCCAAGAACUUUCAGCAGGUCUGCACUAAGAUCCUGACCCGACUCUUCCGAGUCUUUGUCCAUGUCUACAUCCACCACUUCGAUAGCAUCCUCAGCAUGGGGGCAGAGGCACACGUCAACACCUGCUAUAAGCACUUUUACUACUUCAUCCAAGAGUUCAGCUUGGUGGACCAGAGGGAACUCGAGCCACUGAGGGAGAUGACAGAACGGAUCUGUCACUGAGUCCAGAUCUGGAUGUUGUUACCUAUCAACUGGACCAUCAAACACAGUGUAGCUUGGAGAGGGGACCCUUAGGAGCCUGUUGGUAAAGCAAUCUGAAGGCCUAUAGGACCCCUCUAUAUACCCAACACCUCUGGACUUCUCAGAAGUCUGCCUGUGUGUCCCUGAUUGCAUGGAGAAGGGAGGGCUUUAAGUGGGUAUCAGAAGGAAAGGAGUUUAGCCCCUCACAUGAAGUCCAAGAGUAGGGUAAGCUACCAGGUUUCUGCUCUAGUACUUCACCAUUUCACCCUCCCAUGGUGGGUCCAAAUCCAUUUGGGGAAUGUGGAUGUGGCUGAAGUGAUGGCAAGAAAAUUGUAAGAGAGUGAGUGCCUGUAUCUGAGCAAGCAGGUAGGGGUGUGUGUGUGUGUGUGUGUGUGUGUGUG